CAUUCAAUGACUACAGCCUUCAACAGUAUUACUGUUACUCUUAUUUAAACAUUACUUUUAAUCACAAAUGUUAACAAUAAUUGUUACUUCAAUCUGAUAAUAAUCUGUUUCUUCGGUUGACUUAAAAAUGGAUAAUAUGUUUGAACACAAGAAGAAUAGUUCCAAAGAAGACUAUUACCAGACACUGGGCUGUGAUUAUAGCUCUUCUUUGGAACAAAUCACAUGCGAGUACAAGAGUCGGGCCCUUGUCUUACAUCCCGACAAACAGAAUAAUAAAGAAUCGGACGAAUCGUUCAAACAAUUAGUGAAAGCGAAGGAAAUUUUAACGGAUCCACAGAAGAGGAAACAAUACGACAGAUGGAGAACCAGUGGAAUAGAUAUCACUUUUGAAGAAUGGAAUCGAUUGGGAAAAGGAGUCCACACUUCCAUGCAUUGGAGGAAUGAUCGACAAAAAGAUCCGAUGAUUGGUAAUGGAGUGAGUGAUGCAAACCAUAGUGUUUGCAGCUCUGGAGUCAAGUUUCCCAUCAAUUGGAGCAGAGAUUCAAAUAAUCAAACUCUCAAUAAGUUUCGCAAUUAUCAGAUUUAAGCCAAUUGUUGACAAGUAUCAGUAUUUUUACCCUUAUUUUACAUAUUGUGUCCACAAUUUACACCCAAUUUUGUUAAACAUAUAUAAAGUAUAUUUUAUUUUUGGUUACAAAUUAAUAUUUAAGAAAAACAAAUC